AUGACUGUCCAGCAAGCUACCCUGGAGUCUGCCGCUCUCGCCGUUUUCGCUGCCGCGAAGAAGAUUUUGGGAGAUGAAGCAAUACCCUCAAAGGCUGUUAUUGUUGGUGGAGCAGCGCUUUGGCGCCUGACCCGACACCGUCCCACUGCCGAUAUCGAUAUCUAG